CGGCGACUGAUAUUUUGUACGAUGCGUAUAAGUGAAGUGGCUAGUAUUUUAACGAAAAGUUUAGAUAUAACAAAACGUGAUAUCAACUAGAAAAUGUAAGCAUUGUAUGCAUAAUUUGUAUAGGUUAUCUUACGUUAACAUCAUUUUGCACAAGAAUGUUAAAACCAUGAUUGUGCAUACUUUGUGAGGAAUUUGAUCAAUGCCAAUAUAAAAAUGUCCAGUAGUAGUUCCGAAAGUAGCGACGACAACCGUCAUGAAAAAUCACGGAAAAGACAUAAACACCGACGCGACGAGAGUCCUAACCAAGACAGACGAUUGAACAGAAAGGAAUCGAGCAGCAAGAGUAAAAAUUAUAGAGAUGGCAGAGAAGGUAGGGACGUUCACAAAUUUAGCAGAGAAGUAAGAAGAGAAAAUAAUGAUAUGCAUCGUGAUAGAUCACAACGUGAACGGGAUAGAGAAUAUAGGGAUAGUCGACACGAUCAUCCAAGGAGAGAUGAUGACAAACAAAAUGGUAAAAGACGGUAUGAAAGGUCUCCUAUGAGAAGAGAAGAACCUCGUUCGAGGCACAGAGAAUAUGAAGACAGGAAUAGGAAGCAUAGAGAUACGGCUGAAUAUAAGAAGCACGAUGAAACAAAUAAAGAAAGAAAAAGUAAUUUCGAGGAAAUAAAAAUGAAAAGGGAACUUUCGCCAGAAUGGGGUAAACCCAAUUUAAAAACAGAAGCUAAACCAAAGCCUCAAGAAAAGGAUAAACCAAAUUUUGAAUUAUCCGGUAAACUCACCGAAGACACUAACACAGUAAAUGGUGUAGUUAUUAAAUAUUCUGAACCAGCAGAUUCAAGGAAACCUAAACGUAGGUGGCGAUUAUAUCCUUUCAAGGGAGAAAAGGCAUUACCUACGUUAUAUGUUCAUAGACAAUCAGCAUAUUUAAUGGGCAGAGAUCGCAAAAUUGCUGAUAUACCUUUAGAUCAUCCGUCAUGUUCCAAGCAACAUGCUGUUUUACAAUAUCGUUUAGUAUCUUUUCAAAGAGAAGGUGGUGGCGAAGGUAGAAGAAUUCGCCCAUAUCUUAUAGAUUUAGAAUCUGCAAAUGGUACAUUUGUAAAUAAUGUAAAGUUAGAACCAAGAAGAUAUCAUGAAUUACUAGAACGAGAUGUAUUACGUUUUGGAUUCAGCUCUAGAGAAUACGUUCUAUUACAUGAACAUAGCAAAGACGAUUCUUUGGACGAUGAUGUUCCCCUUAGUACCGCUACUACAACUGCUAUUACUACUACUACCGCUACUACUAUUACUACUACUGCAGUAUAGGAUCUCUUGUAAAAUAAUUAUAAAAAGAACCUAUAAGUAAUAUUUUAAAUACAUCAACAAUGUAUUAAUGUUACCUCUUAAAAUAGAUUCCAUAACAUUUUUAUAGAUUCUUUCAAAUCGUAUUAUAGAGAAAAUGAUUGCAGUCUUUGAACAGAGUAUUUAUCAUCAUAUAAUAUUAACAUAAUAAAAUUUCUAAA